AUGCACACAGAAAAGCAAAUGAACUGUGCCUUUUGUUUGGAGGGACACAAGCACGAGGACUGUCAGAAAGUCAAGAAUGUCAAGGAACGUAAGCAAAUGUUACUUAGGUAUGGUAGAUGCUUUAAUUGCAUUAGGAGAGGACAUGUUUCUAGAGAAUGUAAGACCACUAUAAUUUGUAAGUACUGUAAGGGAAAACAUGAUUCAUGUCUCCGUUGUAACGGACCCGCCGGGGAGGGGAAAGCGCCAGAAAGCGAAGGCAGUCCUAGCAAUUCAGACUCGGCGGUGGGUAACAGCAUGCACAUCGAAACGGGAAACAGUGUUGCUCUACAAACGGCACAAGCCCAAGUCGCAGGGAAGUGUAGAUCGCGAAUAAGAGUGCUUUUUGAUACGGCCAGCCAUACUUCGUUUGUUACAUCACGCGUAGCUGAGACGUGUGGCCUAGAAAUUGUCCGAAGGGAGUGGCUCGCUGUCAACACCUUUGGACAGCGAGCAACAAGUUCUAACCUCAGGGAGGUGGUUGAGAUACCAUUGACCCCAGUGGGGAGAGGAGGUGUAAUACAUAUAGAGGCCUUUGUUGUUCCCGAAAUUUCGAGAGUCCCGAACGAGCGCCUGGACAUCGUGCGUAACAGUUAUUCCCAUUUGGCAGACAUAUGGCUUUCUGAAUUUUGCCGAAACGAAGAUCAGUUAGAUAUAGAUGUCCUAAUCGGAGCGGAUUAUUUAUGGCACUUUCAAACAGGCAAUGUUGUCCGGGGAGGGUAG